CUUAGUGCACAAACAGUUUAUUUAGGAGGAGGUGCCGGCCCUGACGCAGUCAAAUCCAGGCAGCCCACUAACAACUUUCCUACACUUCACAGAGAGAGAGAGGGAGAGAUAGAAAAAGGGAGAGAGUGAGACAGAGAGAAAAAGAGAUACAGUAGGUAGUCAGAUAUAAGGGGGGAAAGAGAGAAAGACACAGGGUACAGAAAGAGUGGGAGAGAGAGAGAGAGAGUGAGGGAAAAGAGAGAGACAGAAAGAAAGGAAUGAGUUUCUGUGAUACUCAUCCCCUGCCGUUGCUGAGUUGAGGAGCCCACUGACUCUGCCAGCUGUCCCACAGGACCAGACCAUCCCCUCAGACCUCUCCUCCUCCUCCUCCUCCUUCAGCUCCAGUCCUUCCUCUCGGGAGCUGUUGGGAUCAUCAUGUCUGCGUCUCCUGCCAACCUCCAGCACAAGCGCCUGUCCUCAGCGGAAAUGGAGCAUGCUCAGAGGGUAUCUGAGAUGGACGCGUCCCGGGAGAUGAAGCUGAGAGAGAGGCAGCGCUUCUUCUUUGAGGAGGUCUUUCAGCACGAUGUGGACGUUUACCUGUCCAACUCACACCUGCAGAUAGACUACAAGAGACCCCCGAUCGGCAGCAUCUCGUCCAUGGAGGUGAACGUGGACAUGCUGGAGCAGCUGGAGCUCCUGGACCUCUCCGACCAGGACGCCCUGGACGUGUUCUUCAGUGCUGCAGGAGACGAUGGAGGGCUGGCCUCUCCUCUGCCUGGCCAAGAGGACGACGAGCCAGGCGAGGAUGGAAUCACUCUGCAUGUGCCCAACAGCUCUUCAAUCAAGUCCCGGAUGUCCUCCACAUCCUCUGCCGCCUCUUACGACAGCCAGGGGACCAAUGGGGAAGGGCCAGAAACCCCCACCAUCCAAUCAGAAGAUGAGGAUGGUCACAGUGACGACCUGUUGCUGACACCCACAGGCAUGGAUGAGAAGAAUGCCCCACCCCUUUUCUCUCCCUGAACAUUCUGUUUGGACAGAAUGAAGAAAAGCCUAGUUUAAUUGGCGAAAGACUAUACCUGAAGUGGGCAGAAUGUUCUAGACCACUCCAAAAACUGCCAAAGACUUUCAUAGACAAGCUCAAAAGACAUUGGUACACCUUCAUUCACCAACUUUACCAGUUUGACUUUCUGCACUCAAUAAUAACUUUUGAUCAUUGGCUAUCAUUAACUAAAUAACUAUGCGACUGCAUGUUUGAGUCAGUGCUUUGGUUUUCUCUUUUUGUCAUCUAUCGUAAAGGUCUAUUGAAAUAUGUAAUUUUCAUAGCACCUCCCCAUGCCAUGUACUGUACCUACUCAGAAGCUGUAAAUAUCAGAGAUCUGUUGGUGAAAGCAUGCUUCACUGACAGGUGAAAGUACAAAAAUCGCCUUUGUUUCUGCUUAACCAACAAAAAAUAAACAUUUGUAGAUUGUAGAUAUUUUGGA